UUUUGGGACAGGAGGAGGGCUUGUGUUUGUGGUUAAGCUAGAGGCACCGUCAUCGCCUCAGGGGUGGCCGCUCCAUUCAGACUCUGCUCAUCUCAGUACCUUCCCCUCUGCCUCCGUCUCCUUCCCUUCCUCACACUGCUGUGAUGUGUUUGUUGGAGCAACACACACCCACCUGGGCAACACCCACUUCCAACUAAAAACUGAAACUGAGUCUCUCUCCACAAGGGUAUAUGCAGAGAGGUGGACUGGAGCCUCUGCUGAGGAGCAGGCCGUAGAUGGAGUGAUCGAACCUCCCCAUCAGCUGGACGCUUCUUCGUUCUUCCUUCAUCGUUGCAGGAUGUGCGACCCAGAAGAAACCAGCCAAGGACCCAGGAAGUGCGAGCCGAUAGGCUUGUCUGUUUGACAGUGAAGAAAAGGAUCAUGGGAAAUUUUGAGACGCCACAUUAGAUCACCCACCGCCCUGCGCCGCUGAUGACUGGAGUGACAGACCACCAACGAGACGCCGUCCCCUGAGCACGUCCGUCACACCGAGCAUGCGGCGAAUUCGUGCUAGGUCAAGUUCGUCACCUCAUGCGGACUGUCUUUGAGAAUCUGCCUCUCAGUAUUCGUCGCCAUGGCGACGGCUGCAUGGUAUCAUCGAGAUAUCAGCCGUGUGCACGCCGAGGACUUGCUGGCACGGGCAGGAAGGGAUGGCAGCUACCUUGUGAGAGACAGUGAGUCUGUGCCAGGAGCCUAUGCAUUGUGCCUGCUGUUUCAGCGCCAUGUUCACACCUAUCGUAUUCUCCCUGACACUGAGGGUCUUCUGGCAGUUCAGACGACACAGGGGGUGCAGGUGAAUUGUUUCCGGACACUGGAGGACUUGGUGUUGGGCUACCAGCAUCCACACAAAGGUCUGGUCACCCCUCUGCUCUACCCCGUUCCCCGUGAUACAGACACGGGAGAUGAGAGCUCAGAUGAUGAGAAACCGCCUCCUGUUCCAGCCUCCGUCAACACGACGCCUUUCACCGGACUCCCGGCAAAACCAGCCCCUCAUACUGUAUUCCUGGAUAAGUUGCAAGACCUGAACACAUCCAGCAGCACUGCAGGUGAGGUGAUUGGCCUGCUCAAUGACUACCUCUUCAGUGAGCUUCCUCUUGACAUUGAGAAUGUGCACAAAGGGGCCACGACUCUCUGUCACCUCAAGCGUACUCUCGGUGCAGCCUGCCAAGGUCUGAACAGUGAGAUCGAUCUGACUCUCUCAAGUCUGGAAACCCUCGCCAAAGUCUUUGACCAUCCCAGCUGCACUUUAACAACCACCAAGGCACAGGGUCCAGAGAUGGAGAUGGACACCUUACUGUGUAAAAUCUCAGCUUUGGUCAGCCUCCUGUCUUCGCUGGAGAAAAAGGUAUUAAAAGCGUUACAAGACGCUGUGACCAAUCACAAUCUGGCAGUGCAACCGAACCCACCCCCUCCUGAACCAACUCCACCCAGCGUACCGCCUGUGAAGAACAACGACAGGCCGCUGCCGGUCCACUCCUUUCAGGUGAAGAUGGUGAGGUACGGCAGGCAGACUGUUUCCGUGGAUGUGGACACAGGAGUGCUGCUGUUUGACAGGAAGGCCGGCUCCUUUGGUAUAGAGAGGGUGCCACAUGACAGAAUCCUUCAGAUUGUCAAGUUUCAGAGCAGUCCAGCCAAAGUUCGCAUGGUGGUCGGCAGUCAUCACAACACACCUCGAGAAAUGACCUUUGAGAGUGCACGGAAAUGUGACUCCUUCUGUCACCUCCUCCAGCUAAUGAGAACUCGGCACUGUCAGCGGAGUGAACCUGACAUGGUCUCUGUGUUUGUUGGCACCUGGAAUAUGGGUGGCUCCCCUCCUCCUCGAAGUCUGCAGUCGUGGGUGACUAGUUGUGGUUUGGGACACACACCUGAUGAGUCCAUCUCCUGUCUGCCCCAUGAUAUAUACGCCUUAGGAAGCCAGGAAAACCCUCAGGGGGAGAAAGAGUGGACCGAACAUAUCAAAGCAACUCUCCGCAGCUACACUCAGAUCGACUUCAAACAGGUGGCAGUGCAGUCCCUCUGGAACAUGAGGCUGGCUGUGUUUGUCAAGCCGGAGCAUGAGAGUCGCAUCAGCCAUGUGAACACAGCCAGUGUGAAGACUGGUCUGGGGAACACACUGGGAAACAAAGGCGCUGUAGGGGUCUCCUUCCUGUUCAAUGGCACUUCUUUUGGGUUUGUGAACUGCCACCUGACCUCUGGAAGUGACAAAGUCCUCAGGAGGAACCAGAACUUUGUGGACGUCCUCCGGUUGCUCUCUCUGGGUGACAAACAGCUCGGUGCGUUCGACAUCAGCCUCCGCUUCACUCAUCUCUUCUGGUGCGGCGACCUCAACUACAGGCUGGACCUGGACGUUCAGGACAUCCUGAAACAUGUGUCAAAGAGGGAAUUUGAGGAGCUCAUGUGUGCAGACCAGCUGACCCGAGAGAGGCACAAGAGGAAGGCCUUUCUCAAUUUCACGGAAGAGAAGAUAACAUUUCCACCCACUUAUCGCUAUGAGAGGGGAUCCAGAGACUGCUACCUGUGGCAGAAGUACAAGACCUCAGGAGUGCGAGUCAAUGUUCCCUCCUGGUGUGACAGGAUCCUGUGGAAGUCUUACCCUGAGACACACAUCAUCUGCACUGCAUAUGGUUGCACAGAUGACAUCUUCACAAGUGAUCACUCGCCUGUUUUCGCUACCUUCCAAGUGGGCGUGAUGUCUCAAUCCAGCUCCAAAGCAGAUCCAAAUUCUGGCAUUGAGAGAGCCUGGAUUGAGCUCGAAGGCAUUGAAGCUAUUGUGAAGACUGCGAGCAAAGCAAAGUUCUUCAUUGAAUUUCAUUCCUCGUGCCUUGAAGAGACGCGACGCUCCAGCGAGAAUGACGCACAGGGCUGUGAUGUUCCAGGGUUUCUCAAACUGGGCUGGUCCUUCAAACAUCUGCCAAAGCUCCUCCCAAUCAUGUCGCACAUGGAGUAUCUUCAGGACCAACACCUGCUGCUGUCUGUCAAGUCUUGUGAUGGAUUCGAAUCAUACGGUGAAUGCUGUGUGGCUCUCCGCUCUCUCACUGGUGCAUCAGAACAGUUUGAGACGUUCCUGAGUCACCGAGGAGAGGAGAUGGGCUCCAUACGAGGGCGGGUUCGGAUCCACGUGCCCAAAGACAAGAGAGGAACCCGGGAGAAGAUCUAUGAGUGGUUCCAUUUAGAGAAGGACGACAAAGGUCCCGGCAGAGGAAGCGUGUCUCCCGCAGUGACGCGGGUGCCAGUCAACAGGUCCACUGUGGUCCCUCUCAAACUAACUACGAGCAGCUACACCAACCCCGCCUACUUCAUCUUUGAAGGCGUGUCUGUGCCGCGCCAGGUGGAGGAGGCUCUCCCCCAGCGAAGGGACCCCCAGGUGGUCUGGUCUGGUAACGAGGCCCUGCAGCUCCCCAAAGUCUCCUCCGCAAGACCGGGAUUCGACAGAAGACCCUGUCGCCGAUCUGACUUCACAGAAAUUGAAAUUCCGGCCAUCUUGCCGCAGUGCACACCGAGCAACGACCUUCAGACAGGACAAAACAGCUCCUCCUAUCAGCUUUUUCCGGCGAAGAAGCCGUCUCCCAUACCUCCGCCCUCUAGUAAAGUCAUCUCACAUUAUCAGGAACAGACUGCGAAGCCCAGAGAUAAAUUCCAAGGUAAAAAUACUGUUCUGGAUGCCAUACAGCCGGAAAGCAACGUAAGGAACCUGUACAUGAAUCAUUCGGCAAUAAUCCGAGAGAAAUGCAGAAGGAAUCAACACCAGCUUCAUCCAGAAAGGACCAAUCCUGUAAAAACCACCAAGGCGCCGUCAGCGUUCCCUUACACCCCCACUCACGCAGCACACUGUCAGGCCUCUGUUCCCUGGUUAGUGGAUCAGCAGCCCCCGCCGCCCACAGGAGACAACUCGCUCACUGCCUUGCAGAUUGCAAAAUCGCUCAGCGAAGUGGACUUCUUCCCCACAGAGACGAGGGGCCCGUCCAUAACCAGCCAGAGGCCCGGUUACAGAAACGGCCCCUCUGUGCAUGGAGAUAGAGGCUACAGGUGGGAGAAAGAGGUGUCAGUCCUGCAAGGCGCACCGGAGACAGUGCGAGAACUCCUCAGCUCUCUCGGGCUUCAGAAAUACACCCUGGGGCUUCGCCUCAACGGCUGGGAUGAUCUGGAUUAUUUCAGUGGCAUAACUGAGGAGGGCCUCUGUGCUGCAGGAGUUACAAACCCUUCACACCGGCGCAGGAUACUGGAGAACCUGCCCAGGAACUGGAACUGACAUCGAGAGAUGAAAAAUCAUUAUUGGUACAAAACCUCGAAACUCACCUUUUUGGAAAUGGAGGAACAGUUUGAACUGAAAGGAGGACAGUCUGAUCAGAUUGCCAGUCGCAUCAGAUGGGCUUUUCCGCAGACUCUGCCACCUUUUCAUUCACGCCUUCGGAGCGGUAAUAAGAGUUUGUGGGUGUGAACACAGCAGAGAGAACAUAAUGCGAUGGAAGCAGCCGUGGCACAGUCUGUUUUAAUCUUCAAGUCCAUGUUGACAGAUGCUGAAAGACCUAAGUGACACCAAAAAACAGAGAGCCUUACAGAUGCGUCAGCAAACAUCGUUGACGUUCAGAAUGUCUCACUGAUUUGGUUUUCAAUGAUUUAUUAAUGACUGUAAAAAAAAAACAAAAAAACAUCUUCCUCUGGUUUCCAGUGAAUGUUUACCUUCCACCUUCAUCCCUUCUACUGU